AUGAAAUAUGCUGCAGCAAAGAAUGAAACCGGUGAACUGAUCGUUCUCUGGGAUGGAGAUGAGAAGGACACCUCUCGCGUUCUGUGCUUCACGAACUUGAUCAGCGCCGACAAUAUCGCUAACAAUCCGGUGGAUGAUACUCGCAUGUUGUGGCCUCAAACUGCUGCCAUAUUUGCUACCAACCCUCGGCCGGAGAGCUCCAAGCGGUUCAUGAGCUGGUUUCUCGGUGACGAAUGUCAGCAACAGUUCACUGACAACGGUAGCUACCUCUCGCGGAAGGAUUUGAAGGGACAGACUGGAAGUGUGUGGGAUGAUCCUUACACCCCUCUUACAGAGUUUGCUACUUUCAAAGAAAACCGUGAACUUGUAGAGUGGUGGCUUCCUCAAUUCGAGACUCCUCUUUGUGUCGCUAAAGAUCCGAGUCCUGUUGACUCUUUCUAUGGAAAGAUGCACCUUAACGGCGACUUCAAAAGUGGUUUUAAGCCAUCGCAAGCUCUCAAGCUAUUGACUGUUCUGCAUUUCGUUUAA